GGUUCUAGACUCGAUUCGGGUCGGGGGUAGAGGUCGGUUAAACGGUGCAGGCUCAAAACGAGGAGCCCCAACUCUCUCUCUCUCUCUCUCUCUGGUUUCAGCAUUUGGCAUUUCUUGUUAGUUCAUCAUCAUCUGCAACAACAAAACAUACACACCUACACGCAUAUACGCUGAGAGAUGGAUCCAGAAACAGCGCUAGGGUUUGUAAAGCACGGCGCUACUCUUCUCCUCCUCGACGUCCCUCCACACACCCUUGUCGGCAUUGAUACUCAGAUGUUCUCUGUGGGCCCUGCUUUCAAGGGUAUCAAGAUGAUUCCUCCCGGUCCUCAUUUUCUCUAUUAUAGUCCUUCCAACAGAGAAGGAAAUGAGUUCUCACCAAUAAUCGGCUUCUUUGUGGACGCCAGCCCCUCAGAGGUGAUUGUCCGUCAAUGGGAUCAACAAGAGGAACGACUUGUCAAACUAUCAGAAGAUGAGGAAGAGAGAUAUUCUCAAGCAGUAAAAAGCUUGGAGUUUGACAGGCAACUGGGCCCUUAUACACUAAGUCAGUAUGGUGAUUGGAAGCGGUUGUCCAACUAUAUUACAAAGAGCACUAUUGAAUGCAUUGAACCCAUCGGAGGAGAAAUUACAGUUGCGUGUGAAUCUGAGAUUGUUGCAAACAUUCCUAGCACACCCACAGAGAGAGCUUUGGCUGAGCAGCUGAAGAAUGGUAAGUUCUCAAGGUCCGUUGAUAAGUCUCAAAGGAGAGGUAGUUAUUAUACACCAAUUCCCCGUGUUAUAAAGAACAAGGCAAUUCAUGGGCAAGAACUUACUUCUUUGAAUCUUGACAAGACUCAGUUGUUGGAAAGCAUACUAAUAAAUCACUAUGGAGGUUCUGAAGACUUAAUAUUAGGCGAGCUGCAAUUUGCAUUUAUUGCAUUCCUGAUGGGACAAUCACUUGAAGCAUUUCUACAAUGGAAAUCAUUAGUUAGCCUCUUUCUGGGCUGUACAGAAGCUCCUCUUCAUACAAGGAGUCAACUAUUUACCAAGUUUAUUAAAGUUAUCUAUUAUCAGCUCAAGUAUGGAUUUCAGAAAGAGCACACAAGUACUGGUGGUGCAGAAAAGGGCACAUUAACAUUGUUAGAUGAGUCUUGGUUGUCUGAUAGCUUUUUGCACCAUCUUUGCAAGGAUUUCUUUUCGUUGGUGCUAGAAGCCCCAGUUGUGAAUGGAGAUCUUUUGUCAUGGACAAGGAAAUUCAAAGAGCUGCUUGAGGACACUCUUGGAUGGGACUUCCAGCAGAAAAAUGCAGUAGAUGGAAUGUACUGCGAAGAGGAUGAUGAGUUUGCUCCAGUUGUUGUGGUGUUAGACGAUUGAUCAAGGUCUAGCUGCCUAGACAUGUGACAGAAGCCACGGACCUUAUUGGCUUGGCCAUCAGAAAUUGUGGGACAGCAUGGUUUUUGGAGUCUUCAUGAUCUCUGCUUUCAGCAACUCUAAUGUGUAGCUAAUUAUGCUAACAUGAGAUGAGACAUGAUAUCCUGUUAUUUUCUCUAGAUCAUCGUACACCUUGUUCAAAAAGAACUUGAAAAAAAAAAAAAGGUUCUUCCUGUACCGUGAAAUGUGAUGUCAUUGUCAACUCAUAGAGAAAAAACUGUAGAAACAUGUAUAUUUGAAAUAAUGAAAAUGUAUAUGUUAAUUGAGGGGGUUGAAUCGUUGACACAUAUGAGGAGCUAGCUACUCACUGCAGAGGAACCCACACUAAUGUCUGUUGUGGAUCAUGCCUACAGUAAGCAGUGAAUAAUUUUUGGAAGCAUACAUAUUUUUACUGUUGAUCUUGUUCUGCUUUAUGUGGAUACUGACUUUAGCCA